AUGACGUCCUCCGUGGUUCUGUCUGCAACGCGGGAAGAAGGAAUAGUAGUGUCCUUCAAGUCGAAAGCAGAAAUCAGCAGGCUGGGAGGUCGGUUGAGCGAGGUGGUGGGUCCCGUCGUGGAGGAGGCCAUUGAGCCAGGGGAUGCGACCCCGCUGACGGGACCCCCGAGGGAGUCCUCGGUUCCUCGAGUACCCCCGCCACCGCCGCGACGUGUCACUACACCGAGUCCGCCAAGACCACCGCCCGCCACGUCCCAUAAUCCGGGACAUCAGUCCCACAAUCCCGGGCAUCGUAACUCGAACCACUCGCCCCAUAACCCGGGCAAUCCCGGUCAUAACCCCGGUCAUAACCCAGGUCACAACCCAGGUCACAACCCAGGUCAUAACCCAGGCCACAACUCAGGUCACAAUCCAGGCCACAACCCGGGCCACAAUCCGGGGCACAAUCCGGGGCACAACCCGGGACACAACCCGGGACACAACCCCGGUCACAAUCCUGGUCACAAUCCCGGAAAUCCGGGAAAUCACCAGAACCCCGGCGGCCAGCCGACUCAAAAUCCCGGCAAUCCAAAUAGUCCGGGACGGGAGAACCGGACGGGAACAACCCCAACAGCAGCAGCAGCAGCAGCAGCAACAGCAACAACAGCAACAAGCUCAACUGCAACAUCCGCAUCUGGAACAGCGUAG